CAUUUGACAGAGGAGGAAACCGAGGCAAACAGGGUGAAGUGACUUGCCCAGGGCCACCCAGCUAGUGAGUGUCACAGGCCACUUUCCAACUCUGGUCCCCUGACUCUGGCCUGGGGCUCUGCGUACUAUGGCGCCCCCUAGCGACCACCUCUAUGUGCAAGCCGUCUCCAAUAAAAUGCAAGGUCCACGAGGGCGGGGCGCGUUGCUCCACGUAUCCCUAACAGCGGGUGUUCUGGGGGCCCGAACGGAUGGAAGAAGACGGAGAACAGGCGUGUGCUGGGAAAGCUCCUGGGCCUGAGAAGCCAUGGCUUCCCGGGCCGUCGGAGGGUUGCGAGGUCGGCGACCCGAGACUGUGGUGCGUGGGGAGGCGAUCGAGACGGACUCGGCGGCAUCGUCGUCAGAAGAAGAAGAGCUGUACCUGGGCUCUGCCCCGCCGUGCCGGGGCCGCCCCACUGGGCUGCGAGUAGCCGGGGAAGCGCCUGAGACCGACUCUGAGGAGGAGCCGGCGACCCUGGUGGCCCACGCGGAUCUGCCCCCGCUCGUGGUGGUUCGGGGACCAGAGUGGGCAGAAGAGGAGGCUCCCGCAGCGCCCGCGCUCCCUGCGUCGGGCCGGGCCUCGCUGCUGCAACAGCGGCUGGCUGAGAGCCAGGCUCGCCUGGGCCACGACGUGAGCGCGGCGGUGCGUGGUGUGUACCGGCGAGCUGGCCUCGAUGUCGCCGGCCUGGCGGCCCGUCUGGCCGCCGCGCAGGCCGUGGGCUUGGCGGCGGCCCACAGCAUCCGCCUGGCCCGCAGCGACCUCUGCGCCCUGGCCGAGCGCCUGGACAUUGUAGCCAGCUGCCGCCUGCUGCCUGACAUCCAAUCUCCAGCUGAGCCGGGCCCCAGCCCCCGGGCAUAGUGGAGGCGCAGCCGUCCUCACCUGUGUCCCACCCUCACUGUGGUUCCCAAGGCCUAGUGUCCCUUGAUGGCUUCUCUGAAGAGGCUUGGUACGGGCCCUCCCGGUGGUCCUCCCCUGGUUCAGGGGCCCUCCACUGGGUUGGGGGAUGGGAAGGGCCUGGAAACUGGGAGCACGGACUUGCCUCACCCUCCUUACCCUCACCAGGUUUCAAUAAAAUGUCUUUGGAAAGAGAA